ACAACAGCUCAUAAUACCAAUCAACAUUUGAACUAUUUUCUGGAUGUAGACAAGUCAAAAGAAUCAUGAACUACAUGAAAGAAUGAAAACUAAGUCAUAUGGCUUCAAGAACAAAAAAACUUGUGAGGUUUUUAGAUUCUGACAAAUCAAAUACACCAAUGAAAAAGCCAGACAAUGAAAGUCCUGAAACAAUUUCAGUUUCUGAAGACACUGAUUUGGAUACUUUAGAAUCAUCUUCACCACCACAAUUUUCUGAAGAAUAUGGUGCAUACAUAUAUAGAACUGUAAAAAAAGUGCAAGAGAAGCAACUUGUGAUAAAAUUUCUUAAUGGCAUUGUUCCACUUCCAUUGCCUAUUGUGCCACCACCUCCACCUUUUGUCUACACCACCACCAUGUUCUCUUUCACAACUCAAAUCAAAUACCCCGGUUCAACCUAAGAGUGACUUAGAGUGGAUGAAGCAAUUUUGAAAGUCAUCAAAAAAAGACCCAAACAAAAAAAUGGCACUUGAUUGCAUUCUAUGGAAGCUACCAAUUGCAAAACUCUUUGCCGUUGGUUGCGUUUGGUCAUCUCGCCACAAACUCUACAAUGCACACAAAAAUAGAGCUUUAAUAAAAGGGGGUUUUGUGAAGCACAACAUAGAAUAUUAUCCCACCAUAUUUAAUGUGGAUACACGACAAGUGUGGGCCUUGCAUCACCCAAGCAAUGUGUGGAAACAAAUGCCACAUUUAAACUUUCUUCCAUAUGGUGUGAACAAAAUGUUGUGUGGAAAUGGAGGAUUAAUUCUUUUGCAUGGUGGAGUCCAACCAUACUCCUUGAGAACAAUAGAAAAGCAUUCUUUUAAGACUAAUAGGGAUCCAACUUCUAUCAAAUCCAAUCAUUGGACAUCAAAGUAUCCACCUCAACCAAUGCUAGUUUUAGUGAAUCAUAUUGUACGAAACUACUUGGUGUUGCCACCAUUGGAAAUGGUCUUGACCCACGUGCUUGCACAUAUCACCGUAUCCGCUCUAUCGGAUUCAUAUAUUAUUCAUCUUGUUGGAUGGAAAAAGACCCACAAUGACACAAUGGGUGUUUUGAAGGUUGGAGUCUACAAUUCCAUUGGAAAAGAAUGGCAUUUUCAUCCGGAUCUUGCAUCUAACAACCCGCUUACAAAAUCCUUUCAACCCGAUUUUGUAUUUGCUUUGAGCUUGAGAAGUUUGUGUAGGAUGCUCCCAAUGGUAUAUUGUAGUGAUGGUCCUUUGAUUUUUGUAGUGGGAAAGAUUGAAGCCGUUGGUGAUGAAUUUAAUGAAGAAAAAAAACUUGUGCCUGCUGUAAUGAGGUACAUCUUUCAAACAAGAUCUUGGGAGAGCGAUUUUUGGCCAUUGGCUGAAACAAUGGAAGCACCCCAAAUUGUUGAGUGCAAGUCCAAUGUAUAUUUUGUGAGUAGAACUUUGGCUCGUCCAAGAACUUUGCAUAUAUACAAGCUUGUUGAUUAUGAUCUAAACCAAACCAAGUUUUUCAAAGGAUGCAUGGAUCUUAUCAAAGUGUCAACAAUGAAUCAUGAUAUGUAUAGUAAAUGUUUUCUUGACUUUAAUAGUGUUGAGAUUAGUACACAAUAUUGUUGCAUAGGAGUAAUGGAAUGCAUUUGGAUUAUGUGUCAUACUCUACCUGUGAUAGUAUAUUAUAACGUAGAAAGACACUUCUGGGAAUAUAUACCAUCUAUUCCUUUGUUUGAACCUGGAAAGACAGUAAUUGGCAAUUGGAUGUAUCAACCCUCAAUCCAUGCACAAGUGUUAUGAUAUAUAAAUCCGAUUUUGAUUCUAAAUUUAUUUUUUAAAAAUAAUUCCCUCAUUAUCUUGAGUUUCAGUCAUAUGAUUUCUAAAUCAUUAUCAAGGAAAUUAAAUUCUAGGCUCUAAUAUGAGGUUCAUUCCAUUUAUCGGGUCCUAUAGGGUCAUCUCCAAGUGGGUCCCAAUGUGGUCCGCGAUAUUCUUUUGUCCAAAGUGCUUUAAAAUUUGGCUCCCAAAUGCAACUUGCCAUGGAAUUUCUCCCCAAAUUGGGUGAAAAACACUUUGUUUCUUCUGUCAAUUUCCAACCACAUUGGCGAUCCAUAUUAAUCCAAGAGCACUUGUCUACAUCAAAAAGCACACCACUUCCACAACUUGGAACAUAAAAACAUAUAAGUGAAAAACCACUACGACAUUGAAAAGCAGGUUCUGUAUUGUGUUGAAUACACAUGUAACAAUUUCCAAACAAAUAAUCAUAUUGUUGCUUUGGCAUGAUUCCAAUCCUUUUAAAAGAAAACUUUGCAAAACCUCUCCUAUACUCUACAAGUUUAACUUCAAAUCUUCCUUGAGGCACUUCCUUGUUUUUAGCCGUUGCUCGAGACACUAAAUAGAGGCUACCAUUGCACUCCAUUAGAAGACAAUUUUCAAUUUUCUUAUGAUACAAUUCCUGACAAAAUGCAAAUCCAGUGAUUUCUUUUGUUUCAAAAUCAAAGCAUGAAAUCACUGGGAUCCAUUUGAUUGGAGGUAAGUCAAGUGCAUCAUUUUGCACUUCAAUUUUCUUCCCAUGAUCUGCCCAUUCAGAGACCCAGAAGAGUUUUUUAUCAACCAAUGCUAGGUCAUUACUCUGGUUAUUACAUAGAUUUCUUACAUAGAGCCGACUAUAGGUACCAAUCCAAUUUUUUACAUUAGAGUUAUAAAUAGCAACAACAACUUCAUCUCUACAAGGCAAAGAAUUUGAGUUUGGAAGCUUCUGUAUAUCUUUGGCUAAAAAACUGGUUUCUGAAAAACUUGUUUCUGAAAGAACAUUAUAACCAACAAAAUAUAUAUUAUACAUAGUACUACUCUCUUCAUCUUGUUCUA